CGCAACAGACUCCGGAGUUUGUGGACAGAGUGAAGGUGGUGGACAGCAGCUGUUAUUAUCAGGCGCAGUUGUAUGCUUCACAGUGAUAAAGAAAGCUUUCCACGGACUUCAACCUGCCGGGUUUCUGACAUUACACGGGACGUUUGAAUCGCUGCGGCUCGACCCGGUGAAGGAGUAAAAACACAACCGGACAGCGAAAAAAAUGCGCGCAUCCACUGGGACAUAGUUUGUUACCGGCGGACACACCGUGCGCGCGGCGCUACGCGCGUUUAUCUCCGGUUACCUGUUGAAGUUGCCCGAUGCGCGUUGAGUUGUUUCACGUUUUGCUUUCAAGUGGGAGAAUCGACUUGAGCAGCGCUUUGCCAGAUGCCCAGUCCGUCCUGUGAGAUGCACCGUUUCCCCGUUAUGUUGUAGGAUGAACGCUGAUCUGGAGCGAGUGUCGCUCAACACAUCGCUGAACUCGGCCGGCUCCGGCGGCCGUGCGCUCUCGGCAAACGUCCGGAGGCUCCACAACACUCUCAACCUGCUGCUCAGCGACCUGGAGAGAGAGCACUUCAUCCACUGCCUGAAUGUUUACCACGCAAAGCGCAACGUCUUCGACUUGGUCCAAACUCUCAACGUGAUUCUCAACACGGCCGAGAAACGACAGCUGCUGCCCAUGUUGCGCCUGGUCAUCCCGAGGUCCGACCAGCUGCUGUUCGACCAGUACACGUCCGAGGGGCUUUACUUAAAGACGGACCUGCUUCCCAGCAACGGCAGUGCGGAGGGCUUUGGACAAGAGGGUGACUCAGCUCUGCAAAAUUAUGUCAGUUCCAUCCAUGAACAGCCUCUUCCAUCGGGCUGUCCGGAUGGGUUCAGCGCCGCGGCAGAGCUGUGCGCUUCCAUGGCCCCGCAGUUUCUUGAGGGCUUAUUUGGAGAGGUCCGCAAAGUCACCCUGACGCGCUCCAGGAGCCAUGAGGGUCUUGGUUUCAGCAUCCGCGGUGGGUCGGAGCACGGCGUGGGGAUCUACGUGUCCCUCGUGGAACCGGGAUCAUCGGCAGAGAGAGAGGGACUGAGGAUCGGGGACCAGAUAGUGACCGUGAACGACAUGAUGUUCAACAAUGUCACGCACAUAGACGCGGUGAAGGUGCUGAAGGGAUGCAAGAAACUGGCGAUGUCAGUGUGUUCUAUGGGUCGCAUCCCUGGAGGCUACAUUACCAACCAUGUGUACAGCUGGGUGGACCCUCAGGGCCGGAGUGUAUCUCCACCGCCCGAUAGCCAGGAGGGAAACCAGAGGCUAGGGCCCGGCAUGGAGGAGAGGACGGUAAACCUGAAUAUGGAUGAUGGCCGCUCUCUGGGCCUAAUGAUCAGGGGUGGUGCUGAGUAUGGGCUGGGGAUCUACAUCACUGGAGUGGACCCUGGAUCUGCUGCAGACGCUGGUGCACUGAAGGUAGGUGACCAGAUCCUGGAAGUGAACGGUCAGAGCUUUGUCAUCAUCUGCCACGAUGAGGCGGUUCACAUCCUCAAAUCGGGACGCCACCUGCUGAUGAAGGUGAGGGAUGUCGGUCGUCUGCCUCAUGCACGCACAGUGGUGGAUGAGACCAAAUGGAUCUGCAGUCAAGGCAUCGCUGAGACCAACGCUACAGUUAACCCAAGCUCUGUCACCAACCCCACUGCCAGUGCUGGUGUCCACACUAGUGUCAACGGAGGCUUGUACAGAGGUGUGGGCCCGCCAGGUGUGCAGCUGUCUCUGGAGCAGCAGGCCUACAUGCUGCUGACGGAGCCAGAGAGGAAGACCAUGGGCUACUACUUGCAGGAGUACCAGGACAGACACAUAGGAGUGGAGUCAUUGACCAUGGCUCUGUUUGAGCUCUUCAACACACAUGCAAAGCUGUCCAUGUUGUCAGAGGUGAGGAGCCUGGUGGCUCCCCAGGAUCUGGAGCUGUACGACAGGCUGGUGUUGCACCGUGAGAUGGAAGCCCACCAGCCCUGGCAAGGAGGCCUGGGAGUGCCGCACCUACAGGGCCACUGCAACCACACAGCCCCUGUGGUCCACGAUGCAGGACAGACUGUCCCUGUGACGACUGAUGACUCUGUUGGUGACUGGACACAAAAAGAGCAGGAGGAAAACACUAAAAGCUUACAGAACAUCACACUGGAUGAAAUACAGGCCUCUGGUGAGUUUCUGUGGAGGAGUGCUCCAUUCCAGGCCCAGAGCAGGCUGUCCAGGGAGAAGGAGCUGGGCAGGAAGUCUCCAGCCCGGCUGGUGCAGCCCGGCUCCAGCCUACUCUUCGCUGGCCCCACCCAGCUGCUCCAGGACUGCCUCCAAAAGUCGCUAAAAUCCCUACCCACCACCCACCAGCCCUCCCCUGCCUCCGCCACCCACCACACUUCUCUCAAUACACUCCAUCACACUUUCUUCCAGCCCUGCGAUGCUGAACACCUCAACCACCCCCACUUUGCUCAUCACUUCCACCACCAUCCCGGCAACCACAUUAGAUCUAGUUCAGGACAUCACACCUGCCCGGGCUUCCUGCACCACCGGGAAUCCUCCAGCUCUGCAAAACCACAGGGAUCCGUCAAGCUCUCCUCCAGAUCCAGCUCCUACGAGAAAUCCUUCAUCUUGUCAAAGUCUGCGUCCUCUUCCAAAGCAGCAUCUCCCAUGGUAUCCCCUCAUCCAUCACCCCAUCCCUCGCCAUGUCCCUCCCCCUGCCCCUCUCUCAUCACACCUGCUGCUCCACCCUGUAGUCCUGACCGCCUCUGCUCACCUGCCCUCACUCAAAAAGUUAUGCUAACGGACAUGAACUGGCUGUCUGCAGACUCCAGACCACAACAAAGAGGGGCCACACUGUCCCAGCUGUCAGACAGUGGCCAGACCCUGAGUGAGGACAGCGGGGUGGAUAUAGCCGAGGCAGGAGGCCUCAGUAAGGACGGCAGCCCUCGACCCAGCAAGAACCAGAGGCGCCAUCUUGAACAGCCAGGGGCCCACGCACUUACUUCAGGGGCCACCAGACAACAGACUGGCUCACCGUUGACGGAGCCCACUGCUACCCUGGUACGAGUGGUGAAAAAUGCCAACACCCUUGGCAUUGCUAUUGAGGGUGGAGCCAAUACACGCCAACCUAUGCCACGCAUAGUCACCAUUCAGAAAGGAGGCUCAGCUCAUAACUGCGAGCAGCUGAAGGUGGGUCUGGUCAUCCUGGAGGUCAACGGCGUCUCCCUGAGAGGUCGGGAGCAUAAGGAAGCCGCCCGGAUCAUCGCAGAGGCCUUCAAGUCCAAAGAGAAGGAUUACAUUGACUUUCUGGUGGUUGAGCCGGGACUCUGAUAUGAUAUAAUUUUGGACUUUAUGCAGCUAAGAAGACACUGUUUUAC